AUGUUAUCUGCUGGGCUUUCCUCCGAAGAGCCACAAUUUGCACCACGAUCUGUCUACAAAGGUUUCAGAUUUGUUGACCCUUCUCUAGAAUUCGAGAUACCGAAAUUCAUUUGCUGCGAUGGAAACGAUAUGUACGACCCAAAUAUGAUGAAGUCAUUCGACCUUUGCACGACAGACCGGACUUUUUCGGGGAAGCCGCUAUCUCCAGGCAAAAGAUGCCGAGAUGGAUUUGAAGAAAAAGAAAAUACGAUGGUCAAAAAGGAAUGCGAAAAUCAGGCUACAUGGAAGUUUCACGCCGAAGAUCAAUAUUCUGAAGACAAGUUUCAAUCCACUGCCGUGAUGCAAAGAUCCCCACACUCAAAAAGCAACGAAGAGCUUGCAUUUAGAUAUGAGCCACCAAGUGUUGGUGAAGCAAGCAAUGAUUCAUUUGAUAACGAUCAAAUGGUAUUUGUCGAUCCGUUGGAAAUGGACUAUCAAAAGCCUCAUUGUUCGAAGACGCUAAUUGACAAUGAUCUUUGUUUUCUUGGUGAAUUCAAAGCGCCAAAUGACAAGAACCCAGUGCGAAAAGUGUUUGUAAAAGAAGCUACAGCAUCUUCAUCAUUUGAUAAUGGUCAAAACGAACGACAAGAUAUGCACGGACAAUUUCGUGGAUUGUUGAAAGAUGACAGCGAAUUCUUUGAAGAUGAAACUAAAAUUCUUGGUCCGGAUUUGCGAAAUCGUUUGUUCGCAAGCCUAAAAGAAAAGUUUGGAUUCAACACGUUUCGGCAUCGUCAGAAGCACGCGAUUACUGCAAUAUUGACCGAAAACGACGCUUUUGUGCUUAUGCCAACAGGCGCAGGGAAAAGUUUGUGUUAUCAGCUGCCAGCGAUCCUCUCACCAGGCGUAACUAUUGUUGUGUCACCUUUGAGGUCCCUGAUUGAAGACCAAUGCUCAAAGCUGAAAUCUUUGGAUAUCCCCAGUGAAGCAUUAACUGCAGACUUGAAGGAAUCUGAUGCUUUCGCUAUAUAUAGUCGACUUUCCAUGGAGCCGCCCGAUAUAAAACUUCUUUACGUUACGCCAGAAAAGAUAGCUGCUUCCGCAAAGUUGUUGGCUGUAUUUUCUUCCUUGCAUCGACGGGGUUAUCUUUCACGAUUUGUCAUUGAUGAAGCACAUUGCGUUUCACAGUGGGGUCAUGAUUUUCGACCAGAUUAUGCUCGUCUUAUGAGGUUGCGAGAGACCUACAAAAAUCCAUUGGUGCCCAUUGUCGCGCUCACAGCAACAGCAACGCCUAGAACCAUUGUUGAUACUCGAAAUCAUCUUGGAAUUCCUCAUGCCAAAUUGUUCAUCAGCAGCUUUGUUCGAUUUAAUCUAAAGUAUGACGUAGUACCGAAAAAUGCAAAAAAAGCUACUUCAAUCGUUCAAAAAAUGAAACAACUUUAUCCAGGCAAAGCCGGAAUUAUUUAUUGCUUGUCACGAGCUGAGUGUGAAAAAGUGGCAACGAUGCUCAAGAAAGAACACAUUUCGGCUGACGUUUAUCAUGCUGGUUUGCCAAAUGAAAGACGAGUUCAGGUUCAACACAAAUGGCUUGCCAACAAAUUUGACGUAAUUUGUGCGACUAUAGCAUUUGGCAUGGGUAUCGACAAGCCUGAUGUACGUUUUGUAAUACACUAUAGCUUGCCAAAGUCUAUUGAAGGAUUCUAUCAGGAAACCGGACGUGCAGGAAGGGAUGGACUUCCAAGUUACUGCUGUUUGCUUUACUCCUACCAAGAUUCGUUGAGAUUGCGAAAAAUGGUCGAAAGCGACGAUAAGACGGCUGGAGCCCGCCAAAUGCAUUUGCAAAGCAUCAAUCAAAUGCUUCAAUACUCUGAGUCUGUCUCGACAUGCCGAAGGAAGAUGUUAGUUGAACAUUUCGGGGAGGUAUAUGACGCGGCAGCGUGCGCUUCUUCUACUACUCCAUGUGAUGUAUGCGAACAGUUAAGCAGGGACCCAAAUCGUUACAAAAUGUAUGAUGUAUCAGACGAAGCAACAAGAAUUUUGAAGACCCUGUCCAAAAUGAAAGCAAUGACGGUGACACAAAUUGCGCAGAUUUAUCGUGGAGUCGGACAAACACGAGGAAAAAGGGCUAGAGAUGAAUCCAAUGGUGAUUCGAGUUCGUAUGCGUCGAGUAGCACUUCUGAGUUUGUAAAGCUGCCAAUAUAUGGAAGAGGAAAGACAAUGAGUGAAAACGAUGUACUUCGCUUCAUACAUUCCAUGAUUUUUGAAGGGUAUCUAUAUGAUCGACUUUACGCUACGAGGAUGGGAUCAACGGUAGCAUAUACAGAUUUGACUUCCAAAGGACGCGCUGUAGCUAAUGGCUCGUAUAAUGCAAAGAUUUAUAUGCAUUUUGCACAAGAUGAUGAAAACAAAAAGCAAAAGUCUAAACGUGAAGCUGAAAAUGAAAUCAAUAUGGUUUUAGUUAGCGAAGCGGAAGUAUUAAAGGAAAAGUAUAUGAUUAAACAUAGUGACAUUUUUGUUCGUUGUUUGAAAGCUUUGCGCGAAAUACUUGAACAAUUGGCUGUCGAGAUGAAUAUUUCCAGUUCGGCAAAUAUAAUGUCUCACGAAGGAUUGGAACAGCUUGCAGCUGUAAUGCCACGCACCAAUACGGAACUUCUCAAAAUUGAUUCGAUGAAUGAACUCAAGGUCUCAAGGUAUGGUGGAAGAAUUAUGGAAACGCUCAAGCCUUUCUGGAAUGAAGUCGAUGCGCGUGAGCAACGCGACAUUCAGGAUCAACUGGAUGGAAUGAAAAAUGGCCAAGUGGUGCCAGGAGGCUUUAAAUCACCACCAAAAACUGAGAUGGGGCCUUCACAAAGAGGCAGAGGAGGCUUUCGAGGGAGAUACCAAAGAGGAUACCACAGAGGACGAGGUCGUGGCACAUCAAAGGGAGUCGCGUCACAAGCUCCAAGGCAGAGCACACCAAAAAGAAAGAGUACGAGAGGUUACAAUCCAGCCUUUUUUCCUAAG